GUGAGUCACCGAUGGUAGCUGUUGUGACAAGUUUUACUUGGUGCAAUGAUAGCUGGUUGUACUAACAGUCUGUUGCAGUGCUGUAGAAGUGGGAGGCGCUUGGGGAGGAACCCCCCUUCUACCUUUAAAAUGGGUAAUUUUUCAUAAUUUCAUGGCUUCAGCUUCGUCAAGAGAGCCCCCCUCUGUUAAAUUUAGUUCUACAGCACUGGUCUGUCGCCAUUGAUUUGUCCUCUCAAUUUACUGAAUUUAAAUGAAAAAAAAAGGGAGGUCCCUGUCUCAGUGUUAUAGUAUAGAACGAACUUUCGACUGUAAAUUUAAUGUACUCACCUUUGCAGACUUUAGCCAGUUUCUUGUUUCUUUGAACAAAAAAUUGCAUUAAAUAUUUUAAAUGAGGUGUUUGUGCGUAUGUGCUGAAUAAUUAUGUUUCAUAAAUUAAAAUUAGGGUUAGAAUUUCUCAAAUGCCAUCGGUGAUCGCUGAUUUGUUCCUCAUUCCUCGUAGACUGUCGUAAGGGGUCGUGAAUAAGUCAAUUUAUGUCAUGUAAAGGCUGGGUCUGGGCUGCGGGCAUUGUCUUCUGAGGUCGCAGGCGGUCGAAGUUAGUUGUCAUUCAAAAAUACAGUAAGAAACAAAUACCAGUUUCGCUUUCGUUUUUUAAGAAAAUGUUUCACAUUUUUUCAACCAAUUUUCGACAUGUCUUACUACGUAACAGUAAAGUUUGAUAACAAAAGUUUUUCUCUUCCUUUUCGACCAACAUGGACUGUUGCUCGAUUCAAGGAGUCGAUUGCUCGCAAUAGAAAUGUCUCUCCUGGUCAAAUCAGAAUUAUAUUUGCUGGAGAGGAAUUGCCCAAUCACUUCACUCUACAAAAUUGUCAAUUGAACCACAGUGUGGUUCAUGCUGUAAGAAAUGAGAAUGGAUAUCAAGAUCCUACGUUAAUAGAAGGAAAUUCGUUGACAAAUAUAUCACUUUCACAUUAUAAUGAAACUCAAAGCAGUUUCUUUGUGUUUUGCAAACAUUGCAAUAAAGUGACACGGGGAAAGCUACGAUGUAAAUGUUCUCGAUGUGGACAAGGAUCUUUUAUUCUCUUGCAGGGACCAAGUUGCUGGGAUGACGUAUUGAUCAAAGAAAGAAUGUCUGGUCGCUGUCAAUCAAACAAUGAUUGCCAUAACACCAUAGCCAAAUUCUAUUUCAAAUGUGGUGAACAUCAAAGUGAAGAUGAACAAUCACCAUUGCCAAUGUUAAAGGCAAAUACAAGAAAUAUUCCUUGUAUCAUUUGUGACACAGACAAUGCGGACCUUGUGUUAGUAUUUCCUUGUCAAAUCCAACAUACCAUUUGUGUUGAUUGUUUUGUGAGGUAUUGUUCUGUUUACCUCAAUGAAAGACGAUUUAUACAAACAGAAGAACACGGUUACUCUAUUGCCUGCCCUGGGAAUUUUGAUGAUUGUCAAACUGCUUUCAUCAAAGACCCACAUCAUUUCAGAUUAAUGGGCGAUGACCAGUAUGAACGUUAUCAACGGUUUGCAGCUGAGGAAUUUCUUCGCAGUGAAGGAGGAAUAUUUUGUCCUCGCCCAGAUUGUGGUCAGGGUAUAUUUGCGUCAACUGCAACACGUCGUGUCGUUUGUGAAUAUGGAUGUGGGCUCGUGUUUUGUCGACUUUGUUUACGAAACUAUCAUGAAGGCGAAUGUCCAGUUGAUGACGUCAUUGGCGCAACUGCAUUAGAAAAUACUGAAUUAGAUAGAUUUCAAGUCACGGAGUUUAGUAAUGAACGAGCCAUAUGGAAUGAACAAUCCGAGCAGCAAAUCCAACGGACCACAAAACGUUGUCCAAAUAUUAAUUGCAAAGCUCCGACGGAAAAAAAUGGUGGUUGCAAUCACAUGACGUGUUUCAUAUGUCGUUUUGAGUGGUGUUGGAUAUGUCGUACUCCUUGGGGACCAGAAUGUCAAAGCAAUCAUUGGUUUCAAUAGAGUGUUUUCACUUUCCUCCAUGUUGAUAUUAAAUCUAUGUUUUUAAAAGAAAUUUUGUUGAUUUCAAGUUCUGUUGAGCAAGCGUCGGCACUUUGAAGUAACCUACCAACAUGGCCGCUCUGACGUCACAAGAAAACACUCUACCGAAAAUGAAACAGAUUACUACAACGUUUAAACUCAAAUUUAUUUCUUUUAUGAAUGCGACAACAUAGAAUUGUGUACAUCUACUUUCCAAUGAAAUAAUGUCCUUUCAAACCAGUUGUGAAAAUAACAACUAAUGUUCGGUAACAAUGUACCAUUUCUUACAAUAAACAAUUUUUUGCUUUUGGUAUAAA